AUGGCAGAAUUAAAUUUGCGCGCUUCGGCAAUAAAGGCCAUUAAACGCAUACACGAUCGGGUGAGUGGAUUCCAGCAGGGUGCAUUUGAUGAAUUUUAUCUGGAGCAAGAGUUGAAAUCAUUGUCAGCACAUUAUGCACGUUUCGUGACCAACCAUGAGCUGUUGGUGGGCAAUGCAGCAAACGCCGAGUUGGAGGCCCACGAGAAGUUAUGGGAAGAGGUUGAAGGUAUUUACAACAAUGCAUGUACCCACUUGAACCGUGCAAUCAUGGGUGCAAAACCGAGUCAGUCUGCUGUGAUGUUUGUGCGAGAGUGUGAGGUUAAGUUAGAACCGCUUGCAAUUCCAACGUUCGAUGGAACUAUGCAGAAUUGGCUGGCGUUUAAGGACGUUUUUGAAUUGCUUGUCCACAAUACAGACUAUCCUGAGGCCUACAAGUUAGGCAAGUUGCGGCAGGCAGUAAGCGCAAGUGCUGUACCGCUCGUCGGGAGUGUAUAUUCUGGGGGAUACGCUGAUUUAUGGAAGGCGCUUAAAGAACGUUUUGACAAUAGAAGGCAACUGGCUGAGACUCAUGUGUCACGCUUACUCAAUAUCAAGCCGACAACUGAGGACACACCAACUGCGUUACUGUUCAUCGUCGACACGGUACAUGAAUCACUACGAGCUUUACAUGUCAUGGGUCUACCAGUGGCCGAAUGGGAUGCUGUGGUCGUACCGAUAAUAGUUUCGAAACUUCCGAUAACUACACAGCGCGAAUGGAACAUGAGCUGUUCACCCACCGAAAUUCCGAGCCUCGAUGAGCUGCUUACGUUUUUGGGUCAGCGGGCUCAUAGCCUCAGCACAACAGUUGUCACAUGGAGCAAUGGGGUUGAAUUUACGUCCAAGAGUCAUCAACGCGCUGGUGGUCCGUCAAGAGCUGUCAGAUCACACGUCGUAUCUGCAGAGGAGGGUAAAUGCACAUACUGCCAAGGUGCACAUCGUAUUAUGAAAUGCGCACGCUUUCUUGGGAUGAAAUACGAAGACAGAAUUACUGCUGCAAAGGCUACAAAGCUUUGUUUUAACUGCCUAAAGCAAGGUCAUUCAGCAAAACAAUGCCCAUGGGGGAACUGCCGUCACUGUGGUCGUAAGCACAACUCAUUACUUUGCCGCGAAUCAUUAUCUAAGAAUCCAUCAGAGAGCAAAUGCGAAGUUUCGGUGGAAGGAAUCGGAGCUUACUCCUACGCACGUACACGUGGGCGUGUCACACUCACGUUAAAAUCGCUAUAUUCCAGUUUCAGUUUGGAAAUCGUUGCACUUGUCAUGCAGUCAAUUACUAAGGUCAUCCCAACAGUGCAUAUUGACAUGACACGGUGGCAGCAUUUGAAUGGUCUAGAAUUGGCCGAUACGCAGUUCGGCAUUCCUAGCAAUAUCGACAUUCUUAUUGGUGCGGAUGUAUGGGGAAAAGCAGUCGAAGGGGACAUAAGACUCGGUGGCCUCAAUGAGCCACACGCCCAGCGAACCCGCUUCGGCUGGGUUGUCUUCGGUCCAGUGCCAGCAGCGCAGCCAGCAACGCCGCCAACUCUUUCCUUCAGCACCCAGCAAGGCGAAGAGGACGCACGCUUGGAGGAGCUCGUACGAAGCUUUUGGAAGUUAGAGGAAGUGCCUUCACAAGAUUGUAACGGCGAAGAUGAAUGUGAGAAAAUCUUUUUGACCACACACUCCCGCACAAGGGAAGGGCGCUACAUGGUUCAUAUACCAUUUCAUCCUGACGCACCGGCUUUGGGCAACUCAUACGCCCAUGCUUUACGACAAUUUCACCUUCUUGAACGACGACUAGCAGCGAAUUGUGAGCUCAAGAAAAAAUACAUUGCCUUCAUGCGCGAAUACGCGGACCUCGGCCAUAUGGAACCCGUUAGUCACAUUGGAGAUGGGGGGGUCAACUACUACAUCCCUCACCAUGCGGUUCUGGAAAAGUUCCGCGUUGUGUUCAAUGCUUCAGCGCGGACCACGAGCGGCCUCUCACUGAACGACGUCCAGUUGGUGGGAGCCACGAUUCAAGAACCACUUGUGAAUAUCAUCUUUCGUUUUCGGUGUUUUCGCGUAGCAUUAACAGCAGACAUCGAGAAAAUGUUCCGUCAAAUUCUGAUAACUCCCGAACAUAGGGAUUUCCAACGCAUUAUUUGGAGAGAAUCACCAGACACUGACCUAGCAGUAUACCGUUUAACUACAGUGACUUGUGACACUGAGGAUAAAGCCUUCGAACUCGCUGUCAAUGUGAGUGCGAUUUUGUCGGCCGGACAAUUCCGUUUACGAAAAUGGAAUUCUAAUAGUGGUGAGGUUGUAAAGCGUUUAAUUAGUAACAAUUCCUCAAUCGUAGAGUUAGCAAGUGAACCAUCGACGGCAACUGUGCUUGGUCUAAGUUGGGACCCAACAACAGAUGAGAUCUUUUUCAAAGCGAAUCUAAACCAGAACAUCGGAUGUCUCACAAAACGUCGGGUUUUAAGUGAGGUCGCCAAACUAUUUGAUCCUACUGGCAUGCUUGCUCCAAUUGUUAUUGCCGGGAAGAUAUUUAUUCAGAAGUUGUGGUCUGCUGGCUUAGAAUGGGAUGCACCACUCCCAGAUGCACUUCAAAAUACGUGGGUCUUAUUUUACAGAGAACUUGACGUGAUAAACCGUAUCCGUGUACCACGAUGGUUAGGUUUGGCUGAGGGUAAGACUACUAUGCUACUUGGGUUUUGUGAUGCAAGUCCACUUGCCUAUGCGGCUGUCCUCUAUACUAGGACAACAGACGGUGAAGGUCGGUCAACUGUAUCAUUGCUAACAGCUCGCACCAAAGUGGCGCCACUCAAGGGUGCAACGAUUCCUCGCCUAGAACUUUGUGCGGCACAUUUACUCGCAUCCACACUUGACAGUGUGCGGACUGCUUUACGUCUAACGGACGCUUCUUAUCAUUUAUGGUCCGACUCGCGAAUCGUGUUAUGUUGGUUACGUAAACCUCCAACUACUCUCAAGCAGUACAUUUCCAAUCGUGUUCGUCACAUUCAAGAGCUGACAUCACCAGAUCGUUGGCAUUAUGUACGGUCUGCACAAAAUCCGGCAGACUGUGCCAGUAGAGGUAUCCGAGCAUCAGAGCUGGUUGAACAUCAGUUGUGGUGGCAAGGGCCAAAAUGGCUUAUGGACAAACAGCUACCAAUUUCCUUUGGGAUCGAAUUAAAAGAUGACGAGCUUGACAUUGUACGUGGUGAACAGAGAGUGUCAUCAUUUGUAGCAACGACGGCCCACGCGAGCAUUCUUACAACUCGACGUCUAGACGGCCAAAUAAUUCCAUUAAGCGAACGCUUUAGUUCAUUGCAAAAGCUUCUUCGUACCGUGGCAAUCGUACUUCAGUGGCUACCAGUUCGCCGACAUUUGCGAAGACUGAUCGUCAAUCCUACAGAAAUGGACGAUGCUCUUAACGUGCUAAUCCGAAACGAGCAAUAUACCUUUGCGACUGAUAUGUCUCUGAUUCGGAAGGGAUCGGAAAUAUCCAGCUCCAGCAAACUAAGGUCAUUGAACCCUUACAUAGAUUGUAACGACAUAUUGCGAGUCAGGGGUCGUAUUGGUCACGCUGACCUUCCAGAAGAUCGACGUUUUCCGAUAAUUUUACCGAAGCAUGGGAGUUUGGUACACUUACUCAUCCGACACGCACAUGAAACCACGCUUCAUGGUGGGGCGCAAAUCACUCUUCAAGCUCUUCGCGCACGGUACUGGAUAUUGAACGGAAGGCAAGCAGUCCGAAGCUUCGUGCAGACUUGUGUUAUUUGCCGACGACAUCGAGGCGUAACGUUAUCUCAGCAGAUGGCAUCCUUACCCAGGCAUCGCAUUACUGCAGCACGGCCAUUUAUAUCUUCAGGCGUCGACUAUUGCGGGCCUUUUACAGUGCGCAUCGGCACAAAAAGAUCGCGUACAACGAUCAAAACAUAUCUAGCUGUUUUUGUUUGCAUGGCGACCAAGGCCGUGCAUAUUGAAGUUGUUGAUGAUCUUUCAUCACCUGCAUUCUUAGAUGCAUUUACGCGAUUUACAAGUAGACGAGGUCCAUGUCGAGAUCUCUAUAGUGACAACGGUACUACGUUCACAGGUGCUAACCGUUUGCUUAAAGAAGACUUGGCUGCUUGGCAGAACGACAACAACCAACAAAGUUUGGCGAAUCUCAGUACUCAUUGGCACUUUAUCGCUCCCAGCGCUCCUCAUCAAGGUGGUCUCUGGGAGGCUGCGGUAAAAUCUGCCAAAUAUCAUUUGGUGCGCCUCGUUGGAGCGCAGUCAUUAUGGUAUAGCCAACUUCAGACUUUGGCGACACGUAUUGAAGCAUGCCUAAAUUCUCGUCCGCUAACACCUAUAUACGAUGAUCCCAAUGAUAAGUUAGCUUUGACCCCUGCCGACUUUCUGGUUGGCGCUCCACUGGUUGCAGUCCCUGAAGCUGACAUCAGAACAAUUCCGUCGAACCGUAUUAAGCACUGGCUCUGGCUGCGUCAGAUACAUCAACAAUUUUGGCAACGAUGGAGCGAGGAAUAUUUAUCUACCCUUCAAACUCGAAACAAGUGGCAGACGAAAUCAAGAGACGUAAAGAUCGGAGACAUAGUCAUCGUAAGACAUGAGAACUUACCACCAACAUAUUGGCGCUUAGGGCGCGUAACUGCGGUUCAUCCGGGCAGCAAUGGUCUAAUACGUAAUGUCACGCUUCAGACGGCGAACGGUAUGAUGACGCGUGCGGUACAGAAAUUGUGCCGGCUUCUGGACGCAGAGCAUUUUGAGGCCAGCGCCUCAACCGGGCAGGAUGUUCAGAAUCCGUCCAGUCUGGCACCACCUUAA